AGAUCUUUUCUGCAAUCUAACUUGCCCAAAUAAAAUUAAGGGUUUGCGAGUACGCUGAAGAAUUAUGCUCAGGCGUAUAGGACCAGCAGCGAUAUUAUGCCGGGGCAGCUUUUUUGCCACACGGCGUCGCUGUGCCACAUCCAAAAAAGAUGGUGACUCUUCUGCGGCAAAUACAAUCAAAAGCAAAUACGACGUGUUACUUAAGGAGCUUGAAGAACAAAAUAAACUUGUGGCAGAGCUUACCACGGAAAGUCUUUACAAAGCGGCCGCGUGUGAAAACCUGCGCAAGGAAAUGCGUGAAGCGAAGAAAAUCGCCGAAUCGCAAGCUACUGAGUCGUUCGCAAAGGAUAUGCUUGAAGUAUUGGAUGCUCUUCAGGUAGUUGCGAGGCAGGCAGAGGAAUACUUGCGGCAGAACACAUCCCUUCCUCCAUCGCAGGUAUCAAUUCUAGCCGGCAUUAAGCUGACCGAAGAGUUCGCGAUUAAAGCUUUGAAGAGGUAUGGCGUGAGCAAAAUCUGCACAGCAGUUGGGCACCCUUUUGAUGGGAAGUUGGAGGAGAAACUCUACAGUGUUCCAUCGACAGUGGAGCUGAAAGAUGGAAGUGUUGCAGAAGUUGUCAAGAGCGGCUACUUAUUGAACGGUUCGGUUUUACGUAAAGCGCAGGUUGCGGUAAGCGAAGGCCUGUAA